GCAUAUCAAAGACUAAAUGCAGAGUAGUCUUUGUUAUUGGGCUCAAACAGGACGUUCUAGCUGCUACUAUGACUCAGGUAUGUUUGUGCAUACAGCAAAUGAAAGAGAUAGAAACAUUGAUUAUGAGCAUCAUAAAAAUGUGAAAAUUGCAUCUGUACAUGGAAUUGCUAUGCCGCAGGCUACUGAUUUAUUUGUCACCACUGCCAAACACCAAAACGAAGAUCGUGUUAGCGAAACAUCUUCUGUAGAAAGUAGUUCAGGGCUGGAGCAGACUGCUGAUCCUUUGACUACAUGUAUGAAUGACCAGUGGAAUGACACUGUAUCUCAGUUUACUACCUUGACAUUAUAUGUGCCCUCUCAAGAGCAGAAAGAUGGCAAGCCUGGCAUCCCUGACAUGAAACAGGAAGAUGUUCAUGUUACAGAUACUGUGUCUUCAGAGCAGGCUACUUAUCGUUUGGCACUUGAUCAGCAAGAAGUAGAAGCUACAAUUGCAACAGCUGUGUCUCCAGUGGUUUUGUCUACACGAAUACCAACAAAAGGAACCCUACAUGGAACACCUUUGUCUACAAAAACAGCUAUGCCACCAUUGAAACAGGAUGUUCAAAUCGUCUACAAUGAAACAGAGCAACAAGACAACAAGCUAAGUCCAAUCUCGCAAUUUUCAAAUUAUUUUACUGGUGUUCAAGGGCAAGAACCACAUUCUUGUCAUUCGCCAGUUCAGUUGAUGCAACAAGAAGCUGCAGAUGAAAGUAAUCAUUUGGUUUCUAUUUCCAAGCAGAUUGAAAACCAUCAAUCGGGAACACCAGUGGACUCUACAACAUCAAUUACAGUUAAUCUUGUCAAUGGUCAACCACAAACAUCAGUUGACUAUGAGAGUGGUCAGUCAAUCUUCCCAUUACAUCAUGGCAAAGUCUGUACAGUGACUCCUGCAAGCAGGGGCAUUUCAACACGAUUAGAUUUGCGAACAGAAACAGUUGUGAAGAACCUUGUAACAACUGUGAAGAGCUUUGUGGUAAGGAAUACACCCACCAAGGACCAACAACUUCACAAGAUGAGUAGGUUUAAGGAGGCUGUGGAGCAGAAGAAAAGAAAAAUCAGUGAAUACCAACGUGAGUUGCAAGCCAAACGAUUGAAAAGGAAUGAGGAUAUGAAAAAGAAACGGGAAGAACAAAGCCGCCAAGUGAGAGAGCGUCGACUGGCAAUGCAAAGGGCCAAACAGGAGAAAGCAAAGCAAGCAAUGGUAAGCAAAGUUAGACUGGUAGCAGAAAACAGUGAAAGGAUACGACAUGUGAGAGAGGAACAGUGCAAGUCAAAGAAGGAAAUUUAUGAGAAAAAAGCACAGGAGUGUGAAGAGAGAAGGAAGCAGGGAGAGGAACAAAGAGUGAAGCAUUUAAAUGAAGACAGCUGCAAAAUGGUAUUGGAACCUCACAAGAAAGUUGGUGACUGUAAAGCAGAUAAAGUAGCAGCACAAUUGAAUAGGGUUCGUGAAGAAGCAGAGAAAAACAGAUCAAAAUUGAAAGAAAUUUUUGCAUCUGCCAAAAUGGAUGUAACUGCAAAUAUGGCUGCUGUUCCAUUGCUUUCACAUAGUGGGCAGUCAAGUCAGGAUCACAACGACACAUUCAGCAUUCCGAAAUCUGCAGCUGCCCAAAACUUAACCAUAACACCAGGACUUGUGCAUAAGGUGGCUGAACUUGUGUCAUAUGAAAUGACUCCUGUUCAAUUGGAUGAUUCAGAUGAUGACUUUGAUGAAAAUGAUCCUAAUUCUAACAGGAUGAUUCCAAAAUGGGCUCGUUCCUCAUCAGUUGCUUCUGCCAUUUCCAAGCAAUGUCAAGGUGAAACUGCUGAGAUGAUCUUUUCACCUAGUGGCCUAGCAACUUGUGAUCUGACAAAAAUUUUUGAGCGCCAACGGCCUCGCUACCACAAAAGGACCAGCUCUGCUGUGUGGACUCAUUCUUCUCCCAUAGUUUACAGAAACUACUAAUAAGCCUGUUUUGUUUAGCUACAUGACACUUUGGUGUGAUUGUAUCACUUAAUUUUUGAUUAGAAUUAUAGUAGAUGUUGCUACAGGACACGUAUUGGAUGGUUAAGCAAUAGCUAAAAGUUUA